AUGGCAUCCCAAUUCAAGACUGAGAAGGACAUUCCUGUCACGAAGCAGAGCUUCCCUGGAAAGGAUGUGGAUAUGCCCAACCCCAAGCCUACCUUUGAGGAGGUGCCCGAGGCUGGAGGACAGGACGCAACCUACAAGGCUGCCGACAAGCUCAAAGGCAAGCGGGCUCUGAUCACUGGAGGUGACAGUGGUAUCGGCGCGGCCUCCGCGAUCCUCUUUGCGCGGGAGGGUGCUGACUCGACUAUUGUCUAUCUACCUGAGGAGGAAGAUGAUGCACGCAACACCAAGAAGCGCAUUGAGGAGCUCGGGGCCAAGUGCCACUUGAUCUCGAGGGAUUUGACAAGCAAAAGCAACUGCAAGGAGAUUGUUGACUUUGCGAUGGAGAAGAUGGGUGGCAUCGACAUUCUCUUCAACAACGCUGCUUAUCAAAUGGUAGUCAAGGACAUUACCGAUCUGCCGGAGGAGCAGUGGGAGCACACCUUCAACAUCAACAUUCACUCCUUCUUCUACAUCUCAAAGUACGCUCUCGCACACAUGAAGCGAGGCGCCGUCAUCAUCAACAACGCCUCAAUCAACGCCUAUGUAGGCCGUCCCGACUUGCUCGACUACACCUCCACCAAGGGUGCGAUUGUCUCCUUCACCCGCGGCUUGAGUAACCAGUAUGUCUCCAAGGGCAUUCGUGUCAACGCCGUUGCCCCCGGUCCUGUCUGGACGCCUCUCAUCCCCUCGACCAUGGAUGAUGAAGCGCAAAAGAACUUUACGAGCCCCAUGGGCAGGCCUGCUCAGCCUUCUGAGAUUGCCACUUGUGUGGUGUUCUUGGCCAGUGCCGACAGCUCGUGUAUCAGUGGCCAGACAAUCCACUGCAACGGCGGUACAAUUAACCCGCCGUCCUCAGCCGACUUUGCGCGUGCUGGCACCAACAGCAGCCAGCUAAUGCUCGAAUCCACCAAACCCGAGGAGCACGAAGGUGUUCCUCCCAACUCACAGGCUCGGGAUGGAGACAGCGAUGGCAAGCGCGUGGCAACGCUCGGAGACGGAAAUGACGCUCCGACCACUACGAGCGAACCAGCAGAUUCGUCGAAGCCAACCAACGAAGCCGAGCCACGCCCUACAACUCCAGUCAACAAGGGCAAGCAGGUCGAGAGUAACAGCUCGCAAUACCUCGCUCCCGAAGCUCUGGGCUAUGUCGAUCCCACUCCAGCGACGCCAACCACUUCCCAACCACCUUCACGCACGCCCUCGACGACUGCCAGACCUCGAGUGUCAGAAGAUCGGUCCCUCGCGGGCUCUGACGCGGGGUACGACGAGAAGCAAUACUUGAGCGAUGAUGAGCAGGAAGGCGGUUCCCGCUCAGAGAUUCAAAGCAUCAUGGAACAGUUCAGCGAGGUAGGUGGCGGGCCUGGUGCGGCAGAGGUCAUGAGCCCCAGGCUCGAGCUCACAUCGCCUAUCCUGGGCAGCCCCCCAGCACAGCACUCGCAAAGACCGCAGCAUCCACCGAGAAAAUCAAGCCUGGAGCCUCUAUCCGCGACUCUGUCCGGACAGAUGAAAGACAUGCGGCUCGCAGAAGCUCAGCCCACCGAUGGCGCCAAUGAUGCGGCCUCAGAGGAGCCACCACCACCGGUGCCACCAAAGGAUGGGUCAUUCAGUACGCCAGCUUGGAGCAAGGAGGAGGCCUCGCCAUCGUCACCUCACGCAUCCGUUCACCGACCGCCGCCACCCGCGCCCGAGCCCGAGCCAGCGCAGCCCUUUGACUUUCACAGGUUCCUCGAGCAGCUGCGGAACAAGAAGGCCGACCCUGUCGCGAGGUACCUCAAGUCGUUCCUCCAAGAGUUUGGGAAGAAGCAGUGGAUGGUACACGAGCAGGUCAAGAUCAUUGGUGAUUUCUUGGCCUUUAUCGCGAACAAAAUGGCCCAGUGCGAGGUCUGGGCUAACGUGUCGGACGCUGAGUUUGACAAUGCUCGAGAAGGCAUGGAGAAGUUGGUCAUGAACCGGCUGUAUGCUCAAACAUUCUCACCCGCGAUCCCUGCACCGAGACCUGUCCCUGGAGCCAAGCCUAAGAGGAAAGGGGGCGAUGCCCCCCUAGGCCCGGGCAGGCGAGGGCAGCAUCAAGAAGAUGUCGAGAGGGAUGAUAUACUAGCCCAGAAGAUCAAGAUCUAUGGCUGGGUGAAGGAAGAGCAUCUAGACAUUCCACAAAUUGGUGACAGUGAACUUCUCAAGAUCAAGUCGUACAGGGCGCCCCGCGACAAGAUCAUCUGUGUCCUGAACUGUUGCAAGGUCAUUUUCGGCCUACUCAAGCACAACAAGUCCGACGGAUCGGCAGACUCGUUCAUGCCCAUGCUCAUCUAUGUUGUGCUGCAAGCAAACCCCGAUCACCUUGUCUCCAACGUACAGUAUAUCUUGCGGUUCCGCAACCAAGACAAGCUGGGCGGUGAAGCCGGCUACUACUUGUCCUCCCUGAUGGGGGCCGUCCAAUUUGUGGAAAGCAUGGAUCGGACAAGCCUGACUAUAACUGACGAAGAGUUCGAGAAAAGCGUGGAAGCCGCGGUCUCAGCCUUUGCCGAAAAGCACCAAGCAAACUCCCCCUCCGUCCCGCAGGAGCCCAUCUUCGACGAGAAAGGCCGCUACGUGCCUCCAGGUAGCCUCGUGUCCCAGGAGGAUGCUCGCCCAAACUACCCACCUCGCUCCACGUCGCUCAAUACUGGGGGAUCUGCCGACGACACGCUACCGAUAGGCGGACUCCUGAAGACGAUUCAACGGCCAUUGACGUCGAUAGGCCGCAUGUUCACAGACGAUGGCGGUGGGCAGUCCUCAUCCGAGACACCUCAACUUUCUCACGGUCUGCCACCACCUCCUCGCGGCGACUCUACCGAGCAAACAUCAUCACGGCACACUCUCUCGGCUGAAGAAGCUGCUGCACGACAGGCCAGCGCAGAGACAGCUGAGGCACAGCGGCUGAGCCGGGCGGAGCACGCCAACGUCGUUGAAACCUUGUCAGGCAUGUUCCCGGACUUGGACAAGGAUAUCAUCAGUGAUGUCGUGCACCAGAAAGAGGGAAGGGUUGGACUGGCAGUCGAUGCUUGCCUUGCUCUGUCUUCAUGA